AUAAACACAGCUAUUCUGCCGCUGAGAAAAAGACCGUAUCUUUUGGUCAGGAUUGAGCUCAGUAUGGCUGGUCAAAGGAGUAGCUAUGGUAAACGUUCUAAUUCUCAGACACAAUCUGAGUAUGCAGAAAAUAAAAGGAGAAACUCAUUUGGGAGUGAUAAUAAAGAACGUACGUCCAUUGAUUCUGAGGACACAGUAUAUCGCUACCUCUGCCCUUUAAAGAAGAUAGGAAGCAUCAUGGGAAGAGGGGGUGAUAUAAUUAAGCAAUUAAGGGCAGAAACCAAGUCCAAAAUAAGAAUUGGCGAGACUGUGCCUGGCUGUGAUGAACGUGUUGUUACUAUCUACAGCUCCAGCGAGGAAACUAAUGAGCUUGAUGGAGGUGGUGAGGGCCUUGUUUGUCCUGCCCAUGAUGCACUUCUCAAGGUUCAUGAUCGAGUGUCAUAUGAGGAGACUGGAGUUGAUGAUCACUACUCUGAGGAAGAGGGUCCCCAAGUGACUGCUAAGCUACUCGUACCGUCUGAUCAGAUAGGAUGUAUUAUCGGUAAAGGUGGACAGAUUGUUCAAAGUAUUCGUAGUGAAACGGGUGCUCAGAUUCGCAUUUUGAAGGAUAAACAUCUUCCCGCGUGUGCCCUUGACUCAGACGAACUACUGCAGAUAUCUGGAGAAAUGCAUGUGGUGAGCAAAGCUCUAUAUCAAGUCACGAGUCGGCUUCACAAGAAUCCAUCUCGAUCCCAACACUUGCUUGCUUCAUCUGCUUACCCACCUGGUGGUAGUUCACUGAUGGGCCCCAGUCCAGGUGCUCAAAUAGUGGGACUGGCACCACUAGCGGGCCCUUAUGGCAGUUACAAAGAUGAAGGUGGAGAAUGGCCGCCAAGGUCUGUAUAUGCAGCUCCUAGACAUGACUCGUCUCCAAAGGAGUUUAUUCUACGUCUGGUAUGCCCAAAUGCAAAUGUUGGAGGUGUAAUCGGAAAAGGUGGGGCAACGAUCAACCACAUAAGGCAAGAGUCUAGGGCAUCUAUUAAAGUGGAUAGCUCAAUUGAUGAAGGAGAUGAUUGCCUGAUAGUUAUUUCAUCAAAAGAAAUUUUUGAUGACACAUACUCUCCAACAAUAGAAGCGGCAUUGCUCUUGCAACCCAGGUGCAGUGAAAAAGUGGAAAGAGAUUCAGGCCUUUCUGUAUAUACCAUACGCUUGCUUGUACCAAGCUCUUGUAUAGGCUGUCUUAUUGGGAAAGGUGGGUCCAUAAUUAAUGAGCUUAGGAGAAUCACCAAAGCUAAUAUUCGGGUCCUUUCGCGUGAAAGCCUUCCCAACAUUGCUGCUGAAGAUGAUGAGAUGGUCUUGAUUUCUGGAGAGCUUGAUGUAUCCAAGGAUGCACUUGUUCAAGUAACAUCACGCUUGAGGGCCAACCUUUUUGAAAGGGAGGGUGGUGUGUCUGCUGCUUUUGUGCCUCUUCCUUCAUAUCUUCCAAUGCCAAUAGAUCCCCCCGAUAGCUUUACAAAGUAUGAAAGCAGAGAUUCUAGAAGGCAUGGACAUGGUCAUUCCUCUUAUUCUUCUGGUUAUGGUAGUGCGCGUGACAUGCCUCCCACCGAUGGCUAUGGACGUUAUUCUACUUUUCAGAGUACAAGCAGUCCUGGAUAUGGAGCAUAUGAAGGAUAUUCUGUUGGUUGUUCUGGGACACCUGAGCCAAACACUGCUUCACAUAGAAAAAGUUAUGGCUACUAAAAUUUUCUGAGUGGAGCUGCACGAGGUGCUUCAGAGUCCAGAAAUAUCUCCUCACGUUCUUCUAAGUCAAAGAAAUAUGCCAUUUUAUCACCAACUCCAUCACGAGAGCUCAACGUCUCCAUCUUGGAGAGAAACCCUAUUUCACUCCAGGUAAGAGUUGCUAAGAAUGAAGACUGGUGCGAGCGAGGGUUUGUAUCUCAAAUUCCCUGGAAGGUGUUUUAGUAAGGGCAUUAUAGUCCUUUCAAAGCAAGCAUAACUCUGUUUAUCAGAUUUCUAACGGAGGGGGUGCAAACAUUAAUGUUUUUCUAAAGAGGGUGCAAUGUCUAAUUUCUUCAAUAAAGGGGGGUGCAAAGUCCAAUUACCCCUUUUAUUUAUGUUCUACAUGAACUUAUAAAGUGUAAAAACUUCCAUUUUGUAUGAUAAUAUUUUAUUGUACGCAUUCCAGUGAAAAACAACAUUCAAAAACUAAUUUACCCAGCAUUUUAUUUCAUUGUCCUAAAAUUGUUUAGGCUCCAAACACAGCCUUAUUGGAGAAUUGAUCAUAUUCCCCAUCACCUCUACUCAUAAUAAAUUUCCAACAGUAUACUUGCGUAUUGGUAUUCUUCAACCCGCAUACCCAAUUAUGUAACUGAUUUGGUUUGUUUCCCUUUUCCUUCCCAUGUUAUUAAGAAAACAGCUGAUAUACCUGAAAGCUCGAGAAGCCAGCCCUGCCCACCACUGCCUUGUUUGAAAGCCUCCUCUCUAUCUAAACCAGAAGACCUGAUGAAUGAGGGGGACACUCAUGUUGCUUACCUCCUAUAUAUCUGAAGGCCAAAUAUCUCAUGUUCUUUAUCUAUACUAAUUUAAAAACCAUAUCCAUGUUUCUAAGCUUUGAUCUGACGUGCUCUCAUGAACCUUGUAUACCCAGCAAGCCUCUGACCACUCUUUCCUUAUUUGGUGAUUUUAUUAGAUGUAUUCAUGCUCCAACUUUUCAUUUUUUCAUGUAUUGUGCUAGAACUCCCCCAAUGUUUCUGGUAUUAUCAAUCAUUAUGAUUACUAUUAUUGUUAUCGAUAUUGUUGUUGUUAUUAUUAUUAUUAUUAUUAUUAUUAUUAUUCUACUAUUGUUAUUAUUAUUUGUGUUAAAGACAUCUUAGUGUUUAUUAUAGCACAAGAUGUGGUGUACUGCUAAUGUGGGAAGGGGUGAAUAUGCAGCUUAUGAGAUAUUGACAAGAUCUGUUGCAUGCUUAGAUUUGGAGGUAAGCUUAUAUAGCUGCAGCGGCUCUGCAAAUACCAGUAUAUUCUCACUUUGCUCAUUUUCAAAGAUGGGGUAAACCAAUUAAACCAAUUCCAAUAUGUUAUUACCUGUACAAACUGAAGAUAUUUAGGAAGACUUAUUGGCAAUUGUUGAAAAUAUAGGAAAUGUAAUUUUGAGGUUAAAUUGUACAUCAUUUGUUUUGGCGGCUGGUUCAUGAACGAUUAAGCAACAAACUUUGGCCCUGAGCUGGACUACUUAGGCUAGUUAUGUAGUGUACAUUAGGCUUGGUUCAGGAAGCAAUGAAGUCUUCUUCUGUGGCAACCCAGUGAUAUGAAGCAGCGAUUUUCACGUAUCCGCUUCUCACUUGAACAGUUCAACAAGCUUACCGUCUUAAUUAUACAAUUUUUUUAAGAGUUUUUGACACUUUCAGACUUUCAGUUUGAUGUUAGUGAUACUUUAGAUACUCGAUCCAUUUUUAGUCCUCAAGUAUUGUGUGGGACUUUUAAUUCUCGACUUCGAUGUUUCCCCCAUUAAGUUCUUUAAAUAUUACUCCGUAUUAAAUUGACACUUUUAGUUCUUUCACAA